CCUUUAAACGUCACGUGACUUCUCUCUGGCUCAUCCCCGCCUCCUUUCCCCUCCUUCCCCAGGCCGGGGCGAGCACCGGUGUGGACGGCAAGCUCCCGGCCCGGCGGACUAAGUGGAGCGCCCAGGCUGCCGCCGGUGGGGCCGGUGCCCUUUCCCGCUCUGGAGAGGAAGAGAAUGGAAGUGAAAAAGUUGAGCAUUUCCUGGCAGUUCUUGAUAGUUCUGGUUCUGAUCCUGCACAUUCUGUCUGCGUUGGAUUUUGACCCAUACAGAGUCCUAGGGGUCAGCCGGACAGCCAGUCAGGCUGACAUUAAAAAGGCUUAUAAGAAGCUCGCCCGGGAAUGGCAUCCUGACAAAAACAAGGAUCCUGGGGCGGAAGACAAGUUCAUUCAGAUCAGCAAGGCUUAUGAGAUCCUUUCCAAUGAAGAGAAGAGGGCGCAUUACGAUCACUAUGGAGACGCUGGGGAGAGCCAGGGAUACAGCGGGAAGCAGCAGCGGGAAUACCGCUUCCGGCAUUUCCACGACAACUUUUAUUUUGAUGACUCGUUUUUCCACUUCCCUUUCAAUUCUGAGCGGCGGGACUCCGUCGAUGAGAAGUAUUUGCUGCACUUUUCCCAUUAUGUGAAUGAAGUCGUCCCAGACAGCUUCAAGAAGCCCUACCUCAUUAAAAUUACCUCCGACUGGUGCUUCAGCUGCAUCCACAUUGAGCCCGUGUGGAAGGAAGCAGUGCAGGAACUGGAAGCGUUGGGUGUGGGAAUCGGCGUGGUGCACGCUGGGUAUGAGAGACGCCUGGCCCAUCACCUUGGGGCCCACAGCACACCCUCCAUCCUGGGAAUCAUAAACGGAAAAGUCUCCUUCUUCCACAACGCCGUGAUCCGGGACAACCUGCGACAGUUUGUGGAAAGUCUUCUUCCGGGAAACUUGGUAGAGAAAGUCACAAACAAAAAUUACGUCCGGUUCCUCUCGGGCUGGCAGCAGGAGAAUAAACCUCACGUCCUCCUGUUUGACCAAGUGCCUGCCGCACCGCUGCCGUACAAGCUGAUCGCUUUUGCACACAAAGACUACGUAUCAUUCGGAUAUGUAUGUGUGGCCGUGAGAGGGGCCGAAGAGAUGACGCGCCAGUACAACAUCAACGUCUUCGCCCCCACCAUGCUGAUCUUUAAAGAGCACAUCAAGCAGCCUGCCGACGUCAUCCAGGCCCGGGGUUUGAAGAAGCACGUCAUCGAUAACUUCAUCACCCAGAACAAGUACCUGCUGGCAGCGCGGCUCACCAGCCAGAAGUUGUUCCAUGAGCUGUGCCCCGUGAAGCGAUCCCACCGACAGAGGAAGUACUGUGUGGUUUUACUGACCGCUGAGGCUUCCACAGCAAGCAAACCAUUUGAGGCUUUCCUGUCCUUUGCCCUGGCAAACACACAAGACACGGUGCGGUUCGUGCACGUCUACAGCAGCAGGCAACCAGAGUUUGCCAGCACCUUGCUGCCCGACAGCGAGAAGUUCCAAGGGAAAUCAGGGGUGUCCAUCUUAGAAAAACGCAACACAGGUGGGAGGGUGGUUUUUAAAACCCUGGACGAGCCCUGGACUGGCAGCGAGAAUGAUCAAUUCGUCCUGCUGGGUUACCUCGAGCAGCUGCGCAGAGACCCAGGCCUGCUCUCCUCUGAAGCCGUGCUUCCAGACCUGACCGAUGAACUUGCCCCUAUUUUUCUCCUCCGGUGGUUCUACUCUGCUUCGGACUACAUCUCAGACUUUUGGGAUGGCAUGUUGCACAACAACUGGCGGGAAAUGAUGCCCCUGCUGUCCCUCAUCUUCUCGGCCCUCUUCAUCCUCUUUGGCACUGUCAUCGUCCAGGCGUUCAGUGACUCGACCGACGAGCCAGAGGCCAGCCCUCCCAACAAGGAGGAAGCCCAGGAGAAGGCCGGGAAGACGGAGCCAAGCUUCACCAAAGAGAGCAACAGCAAGAUCCCUAAAAAAGGCUUUGUGGAGGUGACGGAGCUGACAGACAUCACGUACACCAGCAACCUAGUGCGCCUGCGGCCAGGCCACAUGAACGUGGUCCUCAUCCUGUCCAACUCCACCAAGACCAGCCUGCUGCAGAAAUUUGCUGUGGAAGUCUACUCGUUCACUGGGAGUAGCUGCCUGCACUUCUCCUUCCUGAGCCUGGACAAGCACCGGGAGUGGCUGGAGUACCUGUUAGAAUUUGCUCAGGAUGCAGCCCCAAUCCCAAACCAGUACGACAAGCACUUCAUGGAACGGGACUACACUGGGUACGUCCUGGCCCUGAAUGGCCACAAGAAGUACUUCUGCCUCUUCAAGCCCCAAAAAACAGUGGAAGAAGAGGAAGCGCUGGGGGCGUGCGGCGACUUUGACUCCUCCCUGCACCCAGGGGACACUCGCGGGAAGUCUUCCUGUGGCCUUGGCUCCAAGCCCAUCAAAGGGAAACUGAGCAAGCUGUCCUUGUGGAUGGAGCGGCUGCUGGAAGGCUCCCUGCAGAGGUUCUACAUCCCGUCCUGGCCCGCACUAGACUGACUGCGGACAGAGCCCCAGCUGCGGAGACUCGGUCAGAGGCCCACGCGGAUGGUCUCCUCAGGACUCCCCCCGUCGGCCGAGCAGAGUGUAGGUUUUAGGUUUAGAGCCAAGGCAGAGGACCCUGUGCUGUGUCCUGUCCCAACCCGGGCAUGAAAGACACCAGUCAGUUUCAAUUCCCUAGAUUGGAAGCACUUCCCUCGGGUUUAUCUCCCCUCAUUUGAAUGCUGCACUAUUUAAAACAGACGGCUGCUCCCUCUCCUUUUGUUGUCCCUGUCACGCGCUCACACCACCCUUUCCCAGCCACCCAGGGCUCGGGACAGUGCCUAGAUAGAGCCGCCACAGGAGCCCAUGGUGCAGCU